GAUCGUUUUAACCAAAAUGGUCCUAUUCCGGGUUUAUUUGAACCAGACCCAGGUUCAAACGAUCCUAUUCCGGGUUCAAAUAAUCCUAUUCUGGAACGUUUGAACCAAAAUGGUCCUAUUCCGGGUUUAUUUGAACCGGACCCAGGUUCAAACGAUCCUAUUCCGGGUUCAAAUAAUCCUAUUCCGGUUCAUUUAAAUCCAACUCGAAUUCAAAUGUUCUCAUUUCAGGUUAUUUGA